CAGAGUCGUGACACGUGCUUUGGACUGAGCCUGUGUUUCGUAUAGGAAACGUAAACAUAAGCAUUAGUAUGACUAAAUAAAUGAUACGCAUGAUACAUAUACAUUAGUGGCGUUACUUUUUGACGUCAUGAACCACACUAGUGUUGGAAAAUCCGAGGUUGUGCAUGUCGUAACGCAAGUAAAUCUUAUGUGUUCUUCCUCAAUCGGUGGAAUACUGAUGCCGCAUAGUUCAGUGUUCUGUUGGUGGUUUGUUUGUGAUUCACUAGUUCCCACCGUAGCGCGGUUCGCCAGACUGGGUGCUGUAGUGUGGUAGACAGCAAAAAUGACAACCAGCAUCGAAUAAAAAAAAAAGCACCAGUGACCUUUAUUGGAUAACAUUUUCUGCACAUUGCAUGACUUGACAUUGCGAGACCAAGGAAAAAACACAAUUAUCGACAAGAAGCAAUUAUAUUGGAAUUUUCUUUAUGCUGCACUAUUCCUAUUCGGUAGCCUAGUUUAUUGCGGACAAAGCUGUCGCAGCUUCAUUUGCAAACCACCGUUGUCCAGUUGAUGCAGCCUAAUACUGUUCAGGAUGACAACAAGUGAUUGGGAAAAGUUCAAGCUGCUGCUGUGGAAGAAUUGGAUCAUCCAAAAGAGACAUUAUGUGCAGACUAUUUUCGAAAUCACCAUUCCGGUGCUGGCUUGUUCGUUGCUGAUUUUGGUCCGAGGACUCGUGAAUCCAUCCACCUACAGCAAACCCACCACGUUCAGUAGCCUUAAUGUUAGCAGCAUUGCUAGCAUACGAACCAUGAUAACAAAUCACCCCAUUGAGUUGACGCUUGCAUUUACUCCGAAAAAUCUAAUAUUUGAACAAGUGGUGAAAAAGGCGGCAAGGUCUCUUGGCACAGAUGUUCGAAUAAAAGGUUUCAAUGAUACGAAAAGUAUGAACAAUGUGUUGAUAACCAGCAACUAUCUAGCUGGUAUUGAAUUUGGGGAUCAUCUUAAGAACAUUUCAGAAUUACCGGAUAACUUAUCGAUCGCCCUACGCUAUCCAAGUGAAAUGCGUACCACUGUACUCCCGGGAGCGGAAUUCUGGGCAAAUUGGCGCACAUUUCUAGUAUUUCCACCAUUUCAAACUUAUGGUGCUCGAGCUGUCAACUACACUGAUGGUGGUUAUCCUGCAAACUACUACGCUGAGGGAUUUGCAUCUGUGCAAAAUGCAAUUUCAAGAUCUCUACUGGGUAUGAAAAAUGACACGCAUCAACUGCCCACUGUUGCAUUGCAGCGAUUCCCCUAUCCACCAUUCUACAACGAUCCAUUACUGAGAGGCCUUGAAAAUCUUUUCCCUGCUAUCAUAAUGAUUGCAUUUUUCUACUCCUGUAUAAACACCGUCAAAUUUAUAACCUUGGAGAAAGAACGACAGCUUAAAGAAUCUAUGAAAAUUAUGGGUCUCAGCGGUUGGCUUCAUUGGAUGGCAUGGUUCGUGAAGACACUUAUCCUACUAUCGAUCUCGAUUUCUCUCAUUACCAUCCUGCUGUGCGUGAGCCUUACAACAAACACGGAUAUCGCGAUAUUUGAAUUUUCGAACUGGCUGCUGAUCUGGAUAUUCUUGUUCAUAUACAGUAUUACAACCAUCACAUUUUGCUUCAUGCUGAGUACAUUUUUCUCGAAAGCAAACAUUGCAUCCGGAGUUUCUGGUAUCAUCUGGUUCUAUUCGUUAACGCCGUACAACAUUACAUUCGGAAACUACGAUCGAAUGUCGCUGGGAGCAAAGCUGGCUUCCAGUCUAUGGUGCAACACGGCAAUGGGUUACGGAUUCAUGCUUCUAAUGAAGCACGAAGGAACAUCAAUAGGCCUCCAGUGGUCUAACCUGUUCUCAUCGGUUACCGUGGAUGAUCAGUUAACUGUUGCUCAUAUAAUAAUGAUGUUGAUUAUAGAUGCCUUAUUCUAUUUACUGGUUGCGCUUUACGUUGAGCAAAUAGCUCCAGGGGAGUUUGGAAUUCCCAAGAAGUGGAAUUUCUUAUUCACAAAAGAUUUCUGGAUCACACGCCAAGCUUAUGAUCCACAGAUGAAUACGUUAGACAGGGAAUAUCUCAGGAAGGAUAGGACGAAUAACGAGGAAAAAGAACCAACCGAAAAACAUGCUGGAAUUAAAAUACUGGGGUUGACAAAAAUUUACAAAGGCUCAAAAGUUGCGGUCAACGACUUGUCGUUGAAUUUAUAUGAAGACCAAAUAUCCGUACUGUUAGGCCACAACGGAGCUGGAAAGACGACCACAAUGUCGAUGUUGACUGGUUUGUUUCCACCAACGUCUGGUACGGCCAUUGUCAAUGGAUCCGAUAUUCGAUACGAUAUUGAAAGUCUCAGAAAUUCAUUGGGUUUGUGUCCCCAGCACAAUGUUCUGUUCGAUGAAUUGACGGUAGCUGAACACAUUCGGUUCUUUUCCAAGUUAAAGGGUCUUGAAGAGAAUCAAAUCUCUAAUGAAAUCGACAAGUACCUGAUGCUUCUGGAGUUGGAAGAUAAACGGAACGCUCAAUCGCAAACCUUGUCUGGUGGAAUGAAACGGAAGCUAUCGAUUGCUAUUGCAUUAUGUGGGGGAUCAAAAGUUGUGCUGUGCGAUGAACCCACCUCAGGAAUGGAUCCUGCAGCCCGCCGAGUGCUCUGGAACCUACUGCAACAGGAGAAAAUUGGACGGACUAUACUGCUGUCAACACACUUUAUGGAUGAAGCGGACAUCCUUGGCGAUCGAGUGGCGAUAAUGGCUGAAGGAGAUCUGAAGGCCGUUGGAUCACCGUUCUUUCUGAAGAAAAAAUUUGGACAAGGGUACCGCUUGAUUUGUGUGAAAAAGUCGGGUUGUAAUCCUUCGACACUUACCGGUCUACUGAAAAAGUAUAUCCCUGGCAUAGAAGUAGAAACGGAUAUUGGUACAGAGCUCAGUUACGUUUUGAGACAAGAGUAUCUCCACGUUUUUCAGCAGCUGUUGGCUGACUUAGAGGAAAACACACAUCAUUGUGGAAUAUCAAGUUAUGGCAUUACUUUGUCCACAUUGGAAGAAGUGUUUAUGAGGCUUGGAAGCGAUGAGAAUUCAACUGAAAAGACGGAUGAAACAAAUGGUCACCUUUUGCAAUCAAACGGAUUGAAACACCCCGAAUCAGAACAGCACGAGGAUCAUUACACACUUGUCACAGGGAAACUAUUGACCUUUAAUCAAAUCAAAUCUAUGAUCAUAAAAAAAUACCUCAGCUACCUCAGGGCCUGGAAAAUUUCGUUGUUACAAACCACGUUGUCCAUGUUCUACAUCAUUGUUAUAAUAAUAAUUGUGCGUUCAUUCCCUAAUAACGUUGUUCUACCUCCGCUGAAUAUAUCGUUUGAUUCAUACGCAAAGACUGUAACGGUUCUGGAAACUGCCAAUCCAAAUGCAACAGUGGCGAGAAGCUAUGCGGAGUUAUUUGCAGAAAUUUCUCCAACAAAUGAACUCGUGACAAUAUCAAGCUCUUUCUCGGAGUUUAUUUUGAACAAGUCGAUAGAGAAUAUCAAAAAAGUGGACAACACCUUCAUGGUUGGGGCAGCAUUGAACGAGAAUGAACAGAACUUCACUGCUUGGUUCAAUAAUAAGGCCUACCACACGGCUCCAUUGUCUCUGAACUUGAUCUACAAUGCGAUACUGAGAACAUUCUGCCCUAACUGUUCACUGGACGUCGUCAACAAACCUUUGCCUUAUAGUUCUCGAGUCAGAUUCUUGAGACUUCAAGCCGGUAGCAACAUGGGAUUCCAACUGGCUUUCAAUACAGGAUUUGCAAUGGCAUUCGUAGGUGCCAUGUAUAUAAUGUUCUAUAUCAAGGAAAGGUCAUCCGGAGCUAAGUUGCUACAGUUUGUGAGUGGAGUCAAUGCCAUAACCUUCUGGACCGUGUCAUUUCUUUGGGAUUAUUUAGUAUUCAUUUUAGCGAUGAUACUGUACAUUCUGACCCUAGCGGCUUUCCAGGAGGAAGGUUGGUCAACGCCAGCAGAACUUUCACGUGUCGUAGUUGUCAUGCUAUGCUUCGGAAUAGCCGUUAUUCCGUUCACGUAUUUAUGGUCGUACUUUUUUCAAGUACCAUCAACUGGAUUCAUCAAGAUGUUGAUAUUUAACAUCUUUACGGGAACAGUAAUUUUUACGGGUAUAUUUCUUUUAAAGUACAGUGAAUUCAAUCUGAAAGAUGUUGCAGAAACCUUGGAAUGGUUCUACAUGAUAUUCCCGCAUUUUGCUCUGAGUCAUAGUUUGAACAACAUAAAUCUAGCCUUAACGAUACAGCAGAUCUGCGAAGCACAAUGUGAUGCAUUGCCAUUCUGCACUGACAAACUUCUCUGCAACUUUGACAAACGGUGCUGCGACACUGAAAUCUUCUCUUUCCAACCCAAUGGAAUAAGCCGUAAUCUGGUGUAUAUGUUGGCGGUUGGAAUAGUUUCAUUCACUAUUCUACUGUUGAAAGAAUUGAGAUACUUUGAUUGUAACAUCAAAUGUCAAAAACCAUGGGGGAGUGCACCGAUUUCAGCCGUUACGGAAUCUAAAGAAACUGUAGCAAUCAACGAAGAUACCGACGUAAACGAAGAAAAACAACGGAUAGCAUCGAUGCAAGGAGCUGUUCUCACCGACCAUACUUUGGCGAUGAAGGACGUAUCAAAAUACUACGGAUCAUUUCAGGCUGUGAAUGAACUUACCCUAACGGUGGACGAUUUCGAAUGCUUUGGUUUAUUGGGUGUGAAUGGUGCGGGGAAGACCUCGACCUUCAAGAUGCUAACAGGGGACGAAAAGAUUUCAUCCGGCGACGCCUGGAUUCGGGGAAUAAGUAUGCGAACGAGAAUGAACGAAGUCAACCCCAAGAUCGGAUACUGUCCACAAUUUGAUGCGUUACUCGAAGAUUUGACCGGACGUGAAACGUUGAAAAUUUUCGGUCUUUUGAGAGGUGUACCGAAUAGCUGUAUAAAACCGAUUUCAGUGAAAUUAGCGAAUGAUCUAAAUUUUUCGAAGCAUCUUGAUAAACAAAUAAAAACGUACAGUGGAGGAAACAAGCGAAAAUUGAGCACUGCCUUAGCAUUGAUAGGAAACCCAUUGAUAAUCUAUUUGGACGAACCGACAACGGGAAUGGAUCCGGGAGCUAAACGAAACUUCUGGAACGUUAUUUGCCGGAUACGAAUGAUGGGGAAAGCGAUAAUGCUGACAUCGCACAGUAUGGAGGAAUGUGAAGCACUGUGCACGCGUAUUGCCAUUAUGGUGAACGGGGAAUUCAAGUGCCUUGGCUCUGCGCAGCACCUGAAGAACAAAUUUACGGAAGGAUUCUUCCUGACGAUCAAACUUAAAAAAUGUCAAAAUGAAGAAAUGGAGAACAAAACUAAUCUAGUCAUGCAAUAUAUUGACAGCAAUUUUGACGGAGCUCGGCUGAGAGAGCAGUAUUUGGACUAUCUCACGUAUCACAUAACGAAAACUUCAUUGAAAUGGUCUACAAUGUUUGGCUUGAUGGAGCAAGCCAAGUCUCGCUUCGAGAUCGAAGACUAUGCUCUAGGUCAAACCUCACUCGAACAAGUAUUUCUAGCGUUGACCGCUUACCAGCAGUGAUUGAAAACUGUGUUCCUUUCUCAGUAUUUAAAUAAAUUAUCUCGAAUAGCGAUAGUAGACAGUGUAACUGGUGCUCGAAUACUUAAAGCUUCAAUACAGGCAGUGAUACUUAAAAAUUGCUACAAACAACAAAAGAUUAAAUCUAUGCAAUAAAGUCUAAACAUAAUA